AUGGGCUCCAGUCCUCUGGAGCUGGCUGUGAAACCAUUCUAUUACCGCACAGCAAAAGGCGAUUCUCCAAGUUUCGAGCUGGUGAGCAAUGUAAGUUUCCAGAGUAUAAUACCAGCUGAGGAACAAGGUGUGUUGUGGCUCUCCAUUGGGGCUGAAGUCCUGGAUAUCUUUCUGAUGCUGACAAGUGCCAUCCUCCUGGACUCUAGAGUGAGUUGUCACAGCCCUGGGUUCAACUGGCUCAAGGUGGAUGCCUCAGUAGCCAUCCUUAUGGUGCUCGCAGAGCUCCCAGGCAUGGUGAUUCAUGUGAUGUACACAACUAUUUUUCAAAUUACUGUGAACCAUGGACCAGAAGAUUGGAAGCCUCGGAUGUGGGACUAUGGCUGGUCAUACUGCCUCGCCUGGGCUUCUUUCACCCUCUGCAUGGCUGUGUCCCUCAUGGUCAUGAGCAGGUACACAGCCGCCUGCCUGGAAUCCAGACAGAAGCAGAAGGCACAGAAGAGCCCACUGUAGCCUCAGCAUAACCUCCCAGUGCCUGAGGCUUCACAGAGUGUUUGGGCUCCAGGAGGUGCUCCCAGCCCUGCUGGACAUGCUGUUCUGAAGGUCACUAGACACCUGCCACCAAGUGUCCCAGGCAAGGUGUCUGUGUGCUAG